CCAAGAAUUGAUUAAACAGACUCAACAGACUAAAUUCCACUUGUGUCAGUUGUAUUUCACUAUUUUAGCUGAGCAUACGUACUUUGGGAUUUACAAAAAUUUACGCUUUGCUUAACCGUUUCAGUCGAAACCUGAGAUCAAAACCAAACUAUAACGCACAAUAUAUUUAAGCACGUCAGGCACAAACACAAACCCAAGUAAUGAGCUCAAACCUGUUUCGCGCGGUCAUCAUGGGGGCACCAGGUUCCGGCAAAGGUACAGUGUCUGCUCGAAUAGUGAAAACGUUCAACAUGAAAUACAUCUCUAGUGGCGAUAUGUUGAGAAACAACAUACAACAAAAAACCGAUUUAGGUAAAAUAGCAGAUCAGUACAUUAAGGAUGGAAAGUUGGUGCCGGACAUUUACAUAACAAAGUGCAUUUUAAGUGAGUUGGAAAAAAUUAAAACGAAGCCUUGGCUACUAGAUGGCUUUCCGCGGACUUUGGACCAGGCUGAAGAAUUACUUCACACAGAACCAAUUAAAGCCGUAAUUAACCUCGACGUGCCUUUCGAGGUCAUUAUUGAACGGUUGCAGAGCAGAUGGGUGCAUUUACCCAGUGGCAGAGUGUAUAACAUCGGAUUUAACGAUCCUCAAGUAGCUGGGAAAGAUGACGAAACUGGAGAACCGCUUAGCCAGCGACCAGAUGACAAUCCGGUAGCCGUGCGAAAACGAUUAGAAAUCUACGCAGCAUGUACCAAACCGCUAAAUGAAUAUUUCGCACAAAAGGGUAUUCUAGUUACAUUCAAAGGAAAAACGACUGAUGAAAUAUGGCCAAACGUUAAAAAAUAUUUAGAGGAAAACAUUCCAAAAUGAUACUUUUGUAAACUAAAAACUAAUCAUCGGCCACUAUAUCAAAAUGUUCCGGACUACCGGGCCGGCUAACAAAGUACAAUCAGACUGAUAAGAAACUUGAAAACAUUCGUUAUGGUAGAGAUAAGAACAGUGUUAUAUUAUGCGUUCGCAUAUUGCCAAAUAAACGGUGCUAUUGUUCAA